AUGGCAGGGGAGGAAGUUUUAAGCUUCUUUUUUUCUGAAUUCCCGGAGGAGUACGGAGCAAAAGAAAUGUUUGAAAUUUUCGCGGAUUUUGGAUUAGUAGUGGAAGUUGUAAUACCACCAAAGAGAGAUAAGAGGGGAAAGAGGUAUGGUUUUGUAAGAUUCAGAAAGGUAAGGGAUGCAAGGUUGUUAGAGGCAGAACUGGACAAUAUUUGCAUCAAAGACAAGAAGAUUCAUGCAAAUGUACCUAGAUUUCAAAGAGGGGGAGGGCAUACAGGUGACAAAGGUAGAGAUGAUAUAGGAAGAGGAGGAGAAAUAUCAAAACCAGAGUGGAGAAUUUUGGCAAGAGAUAACACAAAGUCAUUUCAAGCGAUGACAGCCAAAACCAAUGGAGGUGGUUAUGCAGAAGUGGUGAAGAGGAACAAGGCUCAACAUCCGGGAUUGCAAAAUCAGAAGAACCAGGGGUGGAAUCAUAAGGAGUUGAAGCCGAAGUUCGCUCAUUUACAGUUCAACAUGGAGGAAAGCGAGAUGAAAAGGUUUGCAGAGGCUUUCGUGGGUGUAGUGGAAGUACCAGGGUCGACAUACAACAUUCAAGGGGCUUUGCACGCGGAAGGUCACUUUAGUAUAAAAGCAACACAAAUGGGAGCGAAUCUGUGUUUACUAGAAGAAAUGGAGGAGGGUGAUCUCGUAACGUUGAUACGGGAAGAACCUGAGUGGUUUGGAAAAUGGUUCUCGGAUAUUCAUCCGUGGACACCAGAGGACGUGGACAACGAGAGACUAACAUGGAUACGAGUUUGUGGCUUACCAUGUCAUGCGUGGAAGAAGGAAUUUUUCGAGUUCAUAUCCAAAACAGUGGGGGUAUUUGUAUGCAUAGAUGAGGAAACGAAGAAUCACACAAAAUUGGACGUAGCAAGAUUCCUUAUACGCACCAAAUAUUUGAUGAAUUUAAACGAAAGCAUUAAUGUUGGGGUGAAUGAAAAUUUUUAUAGUAUCAAACUUGUCGAAGACAUGCAUGGUCCGAAGAGGUUAGUGGCAUCUGGAGAAGCAUCAUCUUGUGGCCAAAGAUCUUGUUCAUCGGAGACGGCUGAUGAUAGCUGGGAAGAGGGUGAUACGGAGGCGGAUGAGGAAGAUGGAGAAUGGAGCAGUGAAGCUAAGGAAAAGGUAACGUCAAAUCAAGGCAUUAGGGAUGAUAUGUGUCAGUCUAGCAGAGAGAUGGUUGUACCACAGGCUAAGAAAUCUAAAGAAAAUAACGAUACGAAUGUGGUCUUUGAAACUAAUAAAGAAGGUUGCUUUGACAAAGCGGUACAGAUAGUUGUGUUGCCAAAGUCAAUAAUAAAUGCUGAUGUUGCACGUUGGGGAAAAUAG